AUGCGUUACACAGCAGCAGCAGCGCUGGCUAUUGCCGCUGGGCCCUUUGUGAGGGCAGACAGUACUCCCUGGGGUGUCGCAUACGGCAAGGCACAGGCAGCACUGGCAAAGCUGACUCUUCAAGAUAAAGUCGGCAUCGUGUCUGGCGUUGGCUGGAACCAGGGGCCCUGCGUUGGAAACACGUCUCCAGUCUCAAAGAUUGGCUAUCCUUCGCUAUGUCUUCAAGAUGGACCCCUCGGUGUUCGAUUCUCAUCCGGCAGCACUGCGUUCACACCAGGUGUUCAGGCCGCCUCAACUUGGGAUCUAAACCUAAUCCGCGAACGUGGACAAUUCAUCGGACAAGAAGUUCGAGAUACGGGAAUUCACGUCACUCUCGGCCCCGUGGCUGGACCUCUGGGAAAGACGCCUCAGGGAGGCCGCAACUGGGAAGGCUUCAGUGUUGAUCCGUACCUCACAGGAUUGGCCAUGGCUCAGACAAUUAACGGCAUUCAGUCGGUGGGAGUGCAGGCCACAGCUAAGCACUACAUCCUUAAUGAACAAGAACGCAACCGAGAGUCAAUGUCGAGCAAUGCCGACGACCGCACUCUUCACGAGCUUUAUGCUUGGCCUUUUGCCGACGCUGUGCAGGCAAAUGUCGCCUCGGUCAUGUGCUCUUACAACAAGAUCAACACAACUUGGGCGUGUGAAGAUAAGAACACGCUGCAAACUCUGCUGAAAGACCAGCUGGGAUUCCCAGGAUAUGUCAUGACAGACUGGAACGCUCAACACUCGACGGUGCAGGCCGCCACUGCUGGGCUCGAUAUGUCGAUGCCCGGCACUGAUUUCAACGGCAACAACAGGCUCUGGGGCCCAGCUCUCACCAACGCAGUCAACAGUAACCAGGUGCCCUCGAGCAGAGUUGAUGAUAUGGUGACGCGAAUCUUGGCCGCGUGGUAUCUUACAGGCCAAGAUGCGUCAGGCUAUCCGUCGUUGAGUCUCAGCAGGAAUGUUCAGGGAACCCAUAAAACCAAUGUGAGAUCGAUUGCCAGAGACGGCAUUGUUCUCCUCAAGAACGACGGCAACAUCCUGCCGCUGAAGAAGCCCGCGAGCAUUGCCGUCAUCGGGUCUGCCUCUAUCAUUGGUGCUCACGCCAGCAAUUCAGGCUCAUGCGGUGAUAAGGGCUGUGAUAACGGCGCUCUGGGCAUGGGCUGGGGUUCCGGUGCCGUCAACUACCCAUAUUUUGUAGCGCCAUACGAUGCCAUCAACACUAGAGCCACCUCUCAAGGCACCAGAGUUACGUUGAGUAACACAGAUAACACCUCUUCGGGUGCAUCCGCAGCAAGCGGAAAGGACGUCGCAAUUGUCUUCAUCACUGCCGACUCAGGCGAAGGCUACAUCACCGUGGAGGGCAACGCUGGUGACCGCAAUGAUUUGAAUGCCUGGCACAACGGGAAUGCCCUGGUUCAAGCAGUGGCAGGUUCCAACCAAAACGUCAUUGUUGUCGUUCACUCCGUCGGCGCCAUCAUCCUAGAGCAGAUCAUUGCUUUGCCCCAGGUCAAGGCCAUCGUCUGGGCAGGACUCCCUUCUCAGGAGAGUGGCAACGCUCUUGUCGAUGUGCUAUGGGGAGAUGUCAGCCCCUCUGGCAAGCUCGUGUACACUAUUGCAAAGAGUCCAAAUGACUACAACACACGCAUUACUUCCGGCGACGACAGCUUCAGCGAAGGACUCUUUAUCGACUACAAGCACUUUGACGACGCAGGUAUUACGCCUCGGUACGAGUUUGGCUUUGGACUAUCUUACACCAAGUUCAACUACUCUCGCCUCUCCGUCUUGUCUACUGCAAAGUCUGGCCCCGCGACCGGAGCAGUAGUACCCGGAGGCCCAAGUGACCUGUUCCAGAAUGUCGCAACCGUCACCGUGGACAUUACAAACGCCGGUGCAGUGACUGGAGCUGAAGUUGCUCAGCUGUAUCUCACCUACCCAUCUUCAGCGCCCAGAACACCGCCUAAGCAGCUGCGUGGCUUUGCGAAGCUGAGCCUCACGGCAGGUCAGACUGGAACAGCAACGUUUAAUAUUCGAAGACGGGAUUUGAGCUACUGGGAUACUAGCUCGCAGAAGUGGGUGGUGCCGUCGGGAUCGUUUGGCAUCAGCGUGGGAGCAAGCAGCAGGGAUAUCCGGCUGACGGGCAGCCUGUCGGUAUCAUGA